AUGAUGCAUGGGUAUUGCAUUAUAUUUGUCUUUCAGCUGCUCUCCAUUUCUGGGGCUAUGGAGAGUGGCAUUGUGGAUGGUAAGAAAGUAAAACCUCAUUCCAGACCCUACAUGGCAUCACUGCAGGUUGAUGGAAGCCAUAAAUGUGGUGGGAUACUUAUUCGGGAGGACUUCGUCCUAACUGCAGCACACUGCAAACUGGAUGAGCAAAUGACAGUGGUACUUGGAGCACACGACAUAUCCAAGAAAGAGAAAAGUCAGCAAAGGAUUGAAGUGGAGUACCAUCCACAUCCGAAAUUCACUGGAGAAUUUGAUAAUGACAUCAUGCUACUUAAGUUAGAAAAGAAAGCCACGCUUAAUAAGUAUGUGAAGACUAUUGGACUACCUAAGAAAGACGAGAAAAUUCCUGACAACAUCCAGUGUGCUGUUGCUGGCUGGGGCCAAAAAGGAAAAAAGAAACUUCCAACACACAUACUGAGGGAGGCCACGGAGAAGACGCAAUCCAGCAAUGAGUGCACAAAAAUAUAUGGAGAAUACUUCAAUGCUGAUCACAUGAUAUGCACCGCAUUUACCAAAAAGAAGGGAGGGUUUUGUCAGGGUGAUUCUGGUGGACCACUUAUCUGUAACACCAAGCUUCAGGGGAUAACAACUAUGACCAGGGAAUGCAGUAAUCCCAAAUUGCCCCAUGGUUCCACUAAAAUCCAGGCCUUUCUACCUUGGAUGAAGAAAGUGAUGCAGGGAUUUGGGGACACUGCAUAAUUCAGAACAGCGAUUCAGGAGGCCAAGAAUAUUGCCCUUUCUUCUCUUCAUUAUUACGCAAACAUUAAGAAAAUCAAUUAGUUAAAAAAAUGUAUAUGUAAAAAACGUGUUUGAAUGUUUUACAUGUGAGAAAAAAAUCAAUUUUAUGCAUUAUUUAAAAUUGGGGAAAACAUUUAAAUUUAAAAUAAAACUUAUGCUUACUUACUUCUGCCACCUGCCUAUGUUCUUUAAUACUAUGUUAAAAGCCUAAAAGCAAGUUUGGUCUGCUUUGAAUAUGCUUUUGUUUAUUUUUCUAAGUCAGUUAAUAAUCCAAUGUUUUUAUGACAUAUGUUUGAAUCUUACUGCAAAUAAAAAAGUUAC